UAGGACAUUUUUUAGAUACUUUUACUAGUAAUAAGCAAUAUCAAUAUAUUGAAUAUAAUGAUAUUAAUUUUUAUGAAAAAACUGCAAAGAGCUUUAAUGAUCAAGAGGCAUUAAAAAGUUUAGCUUCAGUAUUGAGGAGAAAUAUAAUAGUAAUAAGCAGCAAUCAAGCAAAUCCAGAGAUCUACAAAAUUAAAGAUGCGGAAGAAACAAUUUAUAUAGGUUUAGAAGAAGCAAAUAAAAAGCAUUUUAAAUACUAUAGAUCUUUAAAAGUUUUAGACAAUAAUCUAGUUAUAGAAAAAAAUUAUCUAUCGAAAGCGAAGGAAAUAAAAGCUACAGAAUAUAAAAGUGAUAUAAAUCUUUUUGAAAGAAAAGAGAUAAAAAAAUUGCUAGAAGCAAUUAUAAAACAAGAAUCAAAAGAAAUAACAGCAUGCAAUUUAGUAAGAAGAGAAGACGGAAUUAAUUAUUUUACAAGUUUUUUUAAUAAAAUAAAAGAAGAAUAUGAAGAAGGCAAUAAAGUAAUGAAAAAUCCUGCCUAUAUGGUUAGGAUAGGAAUUAAAAAGCCAGAAAGUAAAGAAAAAAUCGAGAUAUUAGAAUGUGCAUGUAAUUUAGACAAAUCAUUUUCAUUACCAGCACACUAUAAUUUAGCUUAUGCAGUAAUUGAAUAUCAGAAAGAAGAUUAUCAACAAAAAGUAGUUACUAACUUAUCAAUAGCAAAAGAUCGAAUAGAUGAAGUAUUAAUACCUCAUUUACAGUAUAUGCAAGUAUUACUUCCACUUGGCCAAAGCUGUGAAUUAUCAAAGCAAAAAAUUAACAAAAUAGAAAUGUUAAAGACAAUUAAGAGUAAUAUAGAAGAAAUAAUUAAAAAAUGCAAAAAUGAUAGUAAAAAAAAUAUUAAAAUAAAAAAAGUUCCAUUAGAAAAAUAUUUUAAUAAUAAAGAUUUAACGAUUGAAAUAAAAGAAUUUGAAAACGAAGGGUUACAAUAUCUUUUUGAUAUAAAUAUUGAGAUAGAUUGGUUUGGAGUAAUAUUUUUAUGUGUAGCCGGAACAGUACAAAUAGUAAUAGGAAUAUAUUGUGCAAUACGUGGCCAUACAGAAUUAGGGAAGUCUUUUAUUGCAGAAGCUGAUUCUUCAUCUAAUUCACCUGAUUCACCACGUUCACCAGCUCUAUCAGCACUUAAAGAUGCAGGACAAAAGAUGGCAAUAAGAAAAACUUUAGAUUACUUAUUAGAUAAAAGCGCAGAUGAGAUUAUAAAUCGAUUUAAAGAAGAUGUAAGAGAGAAUAUAUUUAAAGAAUUAAAUCUAAGUCUUGAUGAUCCAGCUAUAAUAAGAUAUUUAAAUAAAUUAGCAGCUGCAGAUGAAUUAUAUGAGGAAGAAUUAAAUAAAAUAACAACAAGUACAUUAGAAAUUUUAGAAGAUAAGAAAAACAUAUUUGUAGAGUUUAUUGAAAAAGGAUUAGAAACAAUAUUAAAAAGUAAUUUGCCAAUAUUAAAAGAAGCUAGGGAAAACAUAGGUUAUAAAUUAACGAAACAUGGCACAAAUUUAGUAACAACAGUAACAACAUUACAUCAAAUAAAUAAAAUAUCAAGAGAAACAGCAAAAGAAAUAUCGGAAGUAUUUAAAAAUAAGUUAAAAGAGUUAUGUGAACAAAAAGUAAGUUUUGAAAUAAUUUUGGAAGGAAAGUUAAAGCCAAAAAUAAAUUUAAAAGAUGCAAAAGCUAUAGUAAAACUAUUAAAAGAAACUACGGUAAUAAAGGAUGAAGAAUUUGAUAAGGAGAAGGCACAGAAA